AUGUCGUUGAGCUUGUUACUCCCUGUAUCGACUGAUAAGGCCCUCACCGUCCCUUUGAUAGAGAGCUAUAUCGACUAUAAAAGGACCGCAUCUUCUCUUUCCUCCUCUCCUCGAGCUCCCUCCUCUGCUGCUGUUUCAGUACUGCUGCUAGAAGCUAGCUGCCAGUGUCAGAAAAAUCCAUCGAGCAUCGCCAAGAUGGUGCAUUGGGCAGAGAAUAUCAACAAGAAGGUCGCCGAGUCGGUCGUCGGUCGCCAUUUCCAUCUCGAGGGUUCAGGCGUCAAGAGUGAACGAAAAGGUUCCAAGUUCCUCACCGAGAUUCGUGCAGGCAUCACGACCUUCUCCGCCAUGGUCUACAUUAUCAGUGUAAACGCCAUUAUCAUCUCUCAAACUGGUGGAGACUGCGUCUGCGCGAGCACCCCAGACGAUCCUAUCUGCCUCAAUAAUACGGAAUAUCUUCUCUGCAAGGAUGAGGUUAGGCGUGAUCUGAUUACCGCUACCGCGGGAAUAGCCGCCCUCGCAUCCUUCUUGAUGGGUUUGUUCGCCAACUUGCCCGUGGCCCUUGCGCCGGGUAUGGGUCUCAAUGCCUACUUUGCUUUUUCGGUCGUCGGAUUCCAUGGUACUGGAACGAUCCCUUUCCGCAAAGCUUUGGCUGCAGUCUUUUUGGAAGGAUGGAUUUUCAUGAUCCUCUCCAUCCUCGGAAUCCGACAAUGGCUCGCUAGGACUAUCCCUCGCUCCCUCACCCUUGCCACUGGUGCGGGUAUCGGUUUGUUCAUUGCCUUUAUCGGUCUCCAACCUGCUGGUGGUAUUGGUGUUAUUGGUGGAGACUACUCCAAUUUGGUCGGCUUGGGAGGUUGCAAGGAUGAAUACACUGAUCCCGAUCAUCCUUACUACUGCUUAUCUCACGUCCUCCAACGUCCCACAAUUUGGGUCGGCAUUUUCCUGGGUGGAUUCGUGACCGUGUUGAUGAUGAUGUACCGCAUCCGUGGUGCGAUCCUCUUUG